AUGUGGUGUCAGUUCUUGAUUUGCUUCGUGCUCGUCGUCGCUGGGCUCUGGCCGCUGCAGGCGGGUGCGCAGAAGUACGCCGCCAUCUUCAACUUUGGAGACUCCCUCGCGGACGCCGGCAACCUCUGCGUGGACGGAAUCCCGUCGCACCUCGCCACGGCGCGCCCGCCGUAUGGCAUGACCUACUUCGGGUACCCGACGGGGCGCGUCUCCGACGGUCGCCUCGUCGUCGACUUCAUCGCGCAGGAGCUGGGGCUGCCGCUUCUGCCGCCGUCCAAGGCAAAGAACGCCACGUUCCACUACGGCGCCAACUUCGCCAUCACCGGAGGCACUUCGCUGGACACGAGCUUCUUCGAGGCGCGCGGGCUGGGCCGCCAUAUCUGGAGCUCCGGCUCCCUGCACACGCAGCUCGGCUGGUUUGAUGACAUGAAGCCAGCCAUCUGCAGCUCCCCAAAAGAGUGCAGGGACCUCUUCCGGCGGUCGCUAUUCAUCGUCGGCGAAUUCGGCGGGAACGAUUACGCCGCCUCGCUCGGCGCGUUCCUCCCGCUGGAGCAGGUGCACACGUUCGUGCCUCACAUCGUCAACUCCAUCGGCAAGGGAAUCGAGAAACUGAUCGCGGAUGGCGCGGUGGAUCUGGUUGUGCCGGGUGUGCUUCCCAUCGGCUGCUUCCCAAUGUACCUGACCAUCUUCCGCAAGCAGCCGGAGAUGUACGGCCCGCGCAGCGGCUGCAUCAAGGAUCUCAACACGCUGUCGUGGGUGCACAACGCCCUUCUGCAGAGGAAGAUCGCCGAGCUCCGGGAAAAGCACCCCGGCGUGCGCAUCGUCUACGCCGACUACUACACCGCCGUCAUGCAGUUCAUCCUCCACGCCGAGAAGUGGGGGUUCCUAAGGCAGACCCUAAGGACAUGUUGCGGCGCGCCGGGGGUGGGAAAGUACAACUUCAACCUCACAUCUAUGUGUGGCAACCCUGGCGCGUAUGCCUGCGAUGAUCCGUCAGACCAUUGGAGCUGGGACGGCGUCCACCUUACGGAGGCUGCCUAUGGACACAUUGCCAAGGGCUGGCUCUACGGGCCCUUCUCCGAUCCGCCGAUCCUCAAAGGCCGGCACCAUUGAUGAGUCCUCUAGUCCUCUUGU